CUGACUUCGGCAGCUCUCUCGUCUCCCGGUAGCUUCGGCAGCACGGUACCACUUAGACAUUCAGCCAAUGAGUGACGACAGUCAGUCAUGUAUCUCAUCACCUCAGUAAACAGGGAGGGGAACAGAGCAUAUUACAGUAUCUGACAUCAUAUUUAUCGUCAGUUCAUCAGUUUGAGCUUCAAGUGCUUCAUCCAGAGAAACAACCACUUAUCUGCUAAUUGUUUAAAAUGUCCAUAGGCAUGUGGGUUUUCAUUGUGUUUUUCAUCAGUUUGGAGGAUCUGGUGAAUUGUGGAUGGGAUGAGUUAAAGACAGUGAUGGAGGGAGAUGUUCUGACUUUGCGAACAGGAAUGCGUGAAAUAAAAGGAGAUGAUGAAACAAUGUGGCUGUUUUCAAGCACCAGCCAAACCACCCGCAUAGCACAGAUGUACCGUAGUAAAGUAUGGUUUCAUAAGACACUUGCUGACAGAUUGCAGCUCGACCAACAGACAGGAUCACUGACCAUCUGGAACAUCAGCGUCAGUGAAUCUGGUCUUUAUAAGCUUGAACUCACCAUCAAUGAUUUGAUCUCUAGGAGAACAUUCAGAGUUGAUGUAUAUGCACCUGUUUCUGUACCUGUCAUUAGUAGUGACUUAUUGGUUACUGCAAGCCAUGCUCAAGAAUUUCCAAAAACAGAGUUCUGCUCUGUGGUCUGCUUUGUAAAAAAUGAUAGAAGUGUGUUCAUCUCAUGGUAUAAAGAGGCUGAAAUGCUGAACCAGACCAGCAAUCCUGAUCUCAGCAUAAACCUCAGUUUACCAUUAGAGGUUCAUUAUAAUGAUCCAGAGACCUACAGCUGCACUGCUGCAAAUCCAGUGAGCAAGAAGAGUGUCCAUCUGCAGAUGAAAGAGAUCUGCACACAACAUGAAGCGCCAGUUUCUGUACCUGUCAUCACUGGUGGCUCACUGGUCAGUGCAAGCCAUGCUGAAGAAUUUCCAAACGGAGAGAUCUGCUCUGUGGUCUGCACUGUAAAAAAUGAUCGAUACAUGUUUAUCGCUUGGUACAAAGGGGUUGAAAUGCUGAACCAGACCAGCAAUCCUGAUCUCAACAUUAACCUGAGUUUAUCAUUAGAGCUUCAUUAUAAUGAUCCAGAGAUCUACACCUGCAUGGGUGCAAACCCAGUGAGCAAUAAGAGUGUCCAGUUGAACAUGAAAGAGAUCUGCACACGACAGGAAGGUUGUCUGGAUCAUUGUGGCGUCACUGAGGCUCUGAUUCGUCUGGUACUGUCUGGUCUGGUAGGAAUCGCCACUAUGAUAUUCCUGGUUGAGCAUGUGAGGUUCUGCUCAUCUCAGAUAAGAGCUGCUUCCUCUGCCUGAACUUCCAUGAGACCAACUGACAUGUCAUACAGAGUCACGCAUAUGGAGCUUUAGUUAUCCAAAUAUUUCUGUGCUAUCAAACUUUUCACUAAUAUUCCGUUACUGGUGCUAAUGAAAUUAAAUUAUAUCCCCUUCAUGCUCCUCUUUUUCAGGAAAUAUGACAACAUAAAGAAUUGAAAAACAGUCUUUUACAGUAUAUACACUGCACCCACUGUCUGACAUUACUGCAUUCUGCAGUUAACACAGAAUGCACAUUAAAUGUAUUUUCUUCUCUGAAAUGAUUGUAUUGUUC